AUGGGAUCCGGCAGCGACACCGUGGACAAGGACAGCGUCUUCGCCAACUAUAAGUCGGUGUUCUCGCGCCAGUUUGCCGUCUCCUUGGCAGUGGAGUUUGUGGGCGUGAUGUUCUUCCAGAUCCUUGGCGGCACGUCAGCUCCGAAGUUUGCACCCUUCGUGAACGGCUUCGCGCUGGCCGUGUGGAUCUAUGUUGCUGCCAACAUCAGCGGCGGUCACCUGAACCCUGCAGUGAGCUUCAGCACCGCCGUCUGCGGCUUCUAUCCCCUCAUCCACACGCUGGUCUACAUUGCCCUCCAGAUCAUUGGCGCCAUCGUCGGGGCCUGGGUCUCGGCUGGGCUGGUGCCUGGCGCUGGCGACCUCAUCCACAGUGGAGCCACCGGCCCCGGAUGCUUCGACCGCACCACGAUCCACCAGGACCUGACCGACGAGCAAGUCUUCGGCUGGGAGUGCGUCAUGACCUUCACCCUGAUUUCUUGCGUCUAUGCCUGCGGUGUGGCAAAGCCAGGUCACGGCAGCCACACGCCUUUCGCCGUGGGCCUGGCGCUGCUCGCAUGCGCGGGUUCUGGCGGUCAGUACACAGGCGCCGCCUUGAACCCCGCCCGUGUUCUGGGCCCGAUGGUCAUCUUCCACUGUGGCAACGAUGUGGCAGGCCUCUACAUUGGUGGGCAGUUUGUGGCAGCGAUGCUGGCGAUGUCCGUCUUCGCCUUUGUCUCGGGCCUUGGCCCCCUUAACCCCUGGGUAGCCAAGCGCGCUUUGAGCCUCUCCUGGCCGGAAGCCGUCUACCUCUGGAUCACGGGCUCGCCUCCCAGCCGUCUUCAGAAGACAGGGCGCGAGAACAUCAACGACUUCAAGCAGCAGUUCGCCGAGUUCUAUGCCAGCGAGGGAUCGGACGUGCCAAAGUCCAAGAUCUUCGACGUGGAGCGCUGCUUUGGCAUCCGCAAACUAGUGGCGGCUGACAGCCAGAAAGGCGUUCCGGCUGCUGACGGCUGGACAGCACCGGACCGCUGGGGUAGCCAGGCGCGAUUUCUGGAGCACUACGGGCACCUGCGGGUGCAAGUGACGGAAAUGGGUUCACUGCACGGCUUGGGCAAGCCACUUCGGGUGGAGCUGUCGCUGGACGAGUACGCCAAGUAUGCCCGCGAGAACCAGUCGUCAUGCAGCAGCGACACCGUGGAGAAGGACAGCGUCUUCGCCAACUAUAAGUCGGUGUUCUGCCGCCAGUUUGCCGUGUCCUUGGCAGUGGAGUUUGUGGGCGUGAUGUUCUUCCAGAUCCUUGCUGGCACGUCAGCUCCGAAGCUUGCAGCCUUCGUGAACGGCUUCGCGCUGGCCGGUGUGGAUCUAUGUUGCUGCCAACAUCACUUCUAUCCCCUCAUCCACACGCUGGUCUACAUUGCCCUCCAGAUCAUUGGCGCCAUCGUGGGGGCCUGGGUCUCGGCUGGGCUGGUGCCUGGCGCUGGUGACCUCAUCCACACUGGAGCCACCGGCCCCGGCUGCUUCGACCGUACCACGAUCCACAAGGACCUGACCGACGAGCAAGUCACGAGCUUCACCUUGAUUUCUGGCGUCUGCGCUUGCGGUGUGGCAAGCCAGCUUGCGGCAGCCACACGCCUUUGGCUGCGAGCAGCGCCUGUGGCGACGACGUGGCAGGCCUCACAUCGGAAGGCAGUUUGUGGCAGCGAUGCUGGCGAUAUCUUCGCCUUCGUCUCGGGCCUUGGCCCGCUUCGCAUCCGUGUUCAGAAGACAGGGCGCGAGAACAUCAACGCCUUCAUGCAGCAGUACGCCGAGUUCUAUGCCAGCGAGGGAUCCUUAAAGUCCAAGAUCUUCGACGUGGAGCGCUGCUUUGGCGUCCGCAAGCUUGUACCCAACUGA